UUUUAUUGAUAAACGGAAAAAAUAACCCUCAAAUUGUUAAUAAUUUUUGAGGUUUUUAUCGGUAAAAUAGAACUAAACUGGUUUCCUUAAGUCUUAGAGAUAAACAAUGAAUCUCAGGGAAGCGUUUCUGAGCGCAAUAGAGGAUGAGAACCCCAAAUCUUUUCUAGAUUACAUCGAACAGCACAAUACCAAAAAUGAGACGUUUGAUGUGACAGAAGUACUCCAGACCUUUUCAAAGAAGCUGCAUGAAAGAUUGUGGGUAGGACUGAAAACACUGUGUAACAAUCAGAUACUGAACGCAACACCAUCUGCAGAUACUGAUGAAUACGAUGUCACCCAGAAUGAGAAGACAUCAAUAAUGUUGUCAUGUUUACAAGGGAUAACAACAGUGGCAUUGUGUUCCAUUUCGAUGGAUAAACCAUUUAUUCCACCUGCACUUUUUGAAACUGCUGUCAUUCUUCAUGGGGUCAUGAUGUGCUUACCUGAUGACAAUCAGAAACUUCAAGGAAGUAUUGCUCAACUAUGUGAAACUUGGUUUCUAAAUGAUCUGGAAGGGAAAGAGGAACUCAUAACUCAUACAUUACCUUUUCUUGUCAUAAGAAGCCUUGCUAAGGGAACAGUGGCUGAUGUGAAACAUGUUUGGGGUGUUCGUCAAGGGCUCUUGUUAAUGGAUUUUGAUGAUGAAAAUUCUGAAUCAUUGAAACAGCUCUUACAACAGUGCAUGAUUCACCCCACAUUUUUACGUGCUGAGGAGGGCCACCGCUUUCUAAGCUUUUUGUUUGGGAUUCAUCCUGGAUUCAUAAAAGAACUACACAAGACUAUAAAAAAUCAAAUUCCUGUUUGCUCAAUGGAUGUUCUCAGUACCUAUGGUGAAAUUUACUUCAGAGCAUGGAGAGUGGCCUCUGGUCCAUUCCUUGAGGUAAUAGAGAAUGAUUGCUUUCAGAACCUCAUGUAUGCUGCAGUGCAUGCCCAACGUACUGGGACUCAAUCCAUGGCAUCAAGACUAAGAAAAGUUCUGGGAUAUCUACAUCAACAGAAGAAACAACAAGGUGUUGAUGAAGCCCUCGUUAGACUUUAUCAACCAAUUAUUUGGAGAGCCUUCAAGGUUGCAAAUCCAAUGGUGCGGGCUAAUGCAGCUGCAUUACUGAUUGAUGCAUUUCCUUUGCAAGACCCUGAUGCUAAUAAUGAAGAAGUGGAUAAUCUGCUCCAAAAGCAAUUUGACAUUCUUCAGAAUUUGCUUGAGGACCCAUCUCCAGUUGUCAGAGCCACUGGUGUACAUGGUGUGUGUAGGAUUGCUGGUGUGUUUUGGGAGUUGAUACCAGUCACAACCCUGAAAACCUUGCUUAACAAACUGAUAUGUGAAGUUGCCUUUGAUGCCUCUUCAAGCUCUGUCAGGGUGGCAGUUUUCCAGGGUUUGAAGUUUCUUUUGGAAAACCAUCUCAGUCAUCUCUUCCUCAAAACUCUCCUUGUUAGCCUGCGAGAUCUCAUACAUGAUAACUCUGAAAAAGUCAGAGCAGCAUUUGUGGAUCUAUUGCUCCUUGUGAAAGGAAUGAAGGCUAUAAAGUUUUGGUCCAUUGUACCAUUGGAGCAUUUGCUUGCUCGUCUUGAGUUAGAGACCUCUGCGCCUGUGAUGAGAAAGUUGGUUAAACUUCUAAUGAAUUCAUUCCAUCCAUUAAACAAAGAAACAGACAUUCAGAUCACACGCUGUACAGCUCUGUGGGAGGCAAAUCCUGUUGCUGCACGCAGGUUUUACCAGUAUGCACAUCUGCAUACCUCAGUCCAUGCAACUGGCAAAUUUAUAUUGUUACUUGGACAGUGUUUAAGCCACUGGGCUAAAAAUGUUGGCUCUGCAGACAACACUUCUGUGGAAGACAUAACAAGAACAGAUUCCACUGAUAAUAAAGAAAAUGAAGGUAUAGAUGAGUCUGCUGAUGCAGUGCUGACUCUGCCUGAUGUUAACACCAUUGCUGGAAUUCUAGAAACCAUUGCUAUUUCAUGGGCAGGAAUCAAGGACCAGUUAGAAAAGAAAGCUAAUGAAUCAAUCAAAGGAAAGCUUACCCAACAGUUUACCAAGGCACUGCCAAAGCUUAUUUCAUCUACAGAGGAUGGAAGGGCAAGAGCUGCAUUGGUCUUGAUUUCAUCUCACUUGCCAUCAAACUGCUUGCCAGCCUUCAGUAAGAAGUGUCUGUCAACACUGUCAUCAUUGCAUGAUUGUGUUAGUACCCAAGACUAUGGUCCUAUGUUGGACUGCCUGUGCUCAUGGGGUCAAGCAGGUGAUGUACUUGAAAUCAUUUACACUUGCUUACUCAACAAAAUGAAGGGGGAUAUUGGAGUUACUAUGGCUAACCGAGGAAAGUCUCAUACGUCAUCAAAAUUACCAAAAUUAGAGGUUACAACAGCACUGGAUUUACUGUCUUGGCUUUUGUAUCAACCUGCGUGUAGAGAGGCUGUAAUGAAUCAUGACAAACGAUUAGCAGACAUUGCUGGUAUUCUUAAGGAUGUCACAAAUCUAAUUGAGGGAGAUUUACUUGGAGCCACUAAUCCAAAAAGUAAAAGGUCCAAUAACCAUGACACUACACUGGAACUGUAUCCAAAAACCCUCAAAAUGUAUUGCCACUUGCAGAUCCAUCUUCACAGCAAGAACUGUUCAAGUGAGAGUGUUAAGGCAGCUGAAACAGUCACUGAACUGCUGGUCUGGGCUGAAAGAGUUUUACUUCCAUCAUUGCCUAGUUAUAGUGAUACUAGUGAAGGUCUAACAAUGGAAAAGGGAAAAAGAACAAGAAAAGAAGACGACUCUAAAGACCUGUCUUGUGCUAAAGAUACCUUGGAGGUCAUCAUAUCUUGUAGCAGUGAAUUACUCAAGCUUGGAAUGGCAGACAACACUUUUUGUUGUCAAGUUACACUGCUUACAAAGACUUUGGCUCAACUUGGUGAAAAGGGGCUUCCAUUUCUGCCUUCGUUGGUAGAAUUAAUGUACCAGAUGUCUCAAAGAAUGAUAUUCCUAGACGAGGAGGAAAGACCUACAGACUACACUCAAGGGAUGCUGACUGACAUUCUACAAGCCAUUGCUAAAAACAGUAGCUCUGAAAACAUUAGUCAGGUUCUCAUGGGUGUCAAAACUCCACUGGCUGAAGUACUCAAGACAUAUGAGUGUAAAAGACAAGCAGUGAUUGCUGGUUUUGCAGAUAGACCCCAGAUUAUGGCUUGUACCAUGGCUGCCUGUUUAGCAGAACUCUCGCAUAAGACUUUAGACAUGCAAGAGGAGCCCACUGCUGCAGACUUGCCAACCUUGUCAUUUUUUGUACUUAGUGUACUGAUUAAAUCUAAGAUUCUCCUCAGGUCAUUUACUGAAGAGCUUGAGCAAUGUAUUGUAUCUGGAGCUAUUCAAGAUGCUGAAUUACUUGCAUCAGCCACAUUUCUACUGGCAGUUAUUGUAAAUGCUAAUUCGAAACUAGAUAAUCUAAAGUCAUGUGGUUUGCAAAUUCUUCAACAAAUAGAUCAACUGCCAGUUGAUAACGAACAGUCUCAAAACGAACAUCAAAUUAAUCCUGAACAAAUAAAAGGGAUGGCUAAACAGAUCUUGAACAGAUUAGGAGUAGUCUGUUAGUUUAUAGAUUUUUUAUGUAGCACAAUUCUACAUAAAUAUGCCUAGUAGCCUAUGAAACACCGUUGGUUAUUACUAGUUAAGUAUGCAAUCCUUUUACUAUUCAUUAAGAAUAGUGCGUAAAAUUACCGGUAGUUGUAAUGCUAGUGACUUAAUUUAAUUGAGGACUUUAUUGUCUAGAAAUGUUUAAAAAAAUGCUUGAUUUUAAAUACAUCACACAAUCAUGCACCUAA